AUGGUGUUCGUAGAAGUAGCUGCCGUACUGGGAGGUCUCGGCGAGCUGUUUAUGUACAAUAGGGAGACCUAUCAGUACAACAGAGAGCUCAAUCAGGAGCGUAUCUUCCAGUUGCAGAAAUUAAGGGUUAACCAAGUCCAACUGUAUCGAGAGGAUCUUAGAGAUCUAUUCGAACUGACUAUUGGUAAGAUGGAUAACUACCUCGUUAUCAAUACCCUCACUCUUGGAUUCGUCAUGGGAUUCUACUACGAAGCCAAAACUCCGGAGGAAGGAUCACCGUCGUGGCUCAUCUUCCUAUGGGCCCUCAACCUGGCUAGUGCUGUCUUCUUCCUGGUCAUGUCCAUCUGGUUCUCUAUUCACGCUUCCAUUACAGCACAGACCUUCGCCGUCCGUCUGUUAACGCAGUGGAUGCGUUUGCCAGUUCCUGGCCAGGAGCAGAUUAACUCAGCCUGUGCUGACCUGAGGAACUACGAACGCAAGGGGCUCGACACUAUGUUCAGAAUACCGGUUAUGUCUAAUUACGUCCCUGUGAAGGGAGCUCGGGCGAAGGAGGAUAAUGAGCUGAGAGAAGCAGCUCCGAGGAUUCUGGGAAGCAAUACGGCUACUGAAGAUCUCGCUACGGACUAUAACAUAUUCGUGGAGCACUUCUAUUUAUUCAACCGAUUGAAGGAACAUUGGCAAGGCUUCGAUGCCUAUGCGAGAGUGUUCAUGGUCCUCGGCACCAACCAGCUCGUCAACGUGCUGUGUUACAUGGGUCUCAUGUUCUACUUCAUCGCCUACAACUUCUGGGGUCCGUGGAUCUUCAUCCUUCUCAUGUUAACAUUCAACCUCAUUCACGAGAGAAUGAAUCUUUUGUUGUCGCCUCCGGAGCAUUGGACCCUUACCUUCUUGCAAGUCGCGGGUCCUAUUCUAGCUGGCUUCGCCGCGACGUUUGACAUCACGUAUCGCAUUAGGAUGGAGAGGGGUGUCCCUGGAGAUCAUGAUGGAUGGCUAGAGACUGUUGACAUCCUUACUCCUAUCAUUUACUUCCUCCACUUCCUCUUCAUUGGAUACUUCAUAAGCUUGGGUCUCGAGCCGGACGGAGACCUUCCCACUAAAUUCUCAAUGAUCAUGUCGAUUGACGUCCUGGGCCUUGAUGAGGAGCAGAGGCAGCGAAACACGAGGCACAGAAACACCGUGACUAAGGAAGAAGUUCCGGUGUCCAAACUCAUUCCACGGACUGGCUCGGUUAAAGUAGCUGAGAUGAUUCGCAAGCAGAAGACGAGGGAACUUGGGCAGUCACUCAGUUCUAUCCCAGAGGGCUCCCAAGCCUCAUCAACAUCCUCUACUGCAGCGCCCAACGGUGGGAGUAACAGCGGCGGCUCUGAAGGGCCCCAUCGUAUUGGCCGCGGUAUCACCAUGCAAGCUGAUACCUUGGCUAUGGGUCGGGCACUGCAAGCUGAGGAGAAGCCCAGUCUGACGAAGACCUUCCGUGAGAACUCUGCCAAGGCGAAGAUACUACCCUGGAGGAUAUAUAAGGCAGGUGGUGCAGUUGUUGCCGCCCUUUGGCUCUUUGGAGUUGGGUAUACUUGUGCUGUAGCCGCUGGUGCUACAGAGUGGGGUUGGAACAAUAAGGCUGGCCUCGUUGAGGAAGGUGGGGAAGAGCACCGAAGGUUGUUGGAGGAGUCCUGUACGACUUUCCAGAGUAGCCGACUAAACCUUUUGGAGCCUGGCCCGUUCUUCUACCCUACUACAGUAGAUGUGGUGGAGUCGAGCUUGGUACUGGGAGAUGAGUUCAAUAACAGAUGGUCAUUCCCUGCUAUUGGUGGUCGAAUGCAUGAGGAGCCUGUGAGUGCUGCUGUUCAAAACGUGAAGUACUCAGUGAAGAGCGGCAAGGUGUAUCGUAGUGUUAACGGCGUGAGGAUGUCCGAGUUGCACGUCCCCUAUGGUCUAGUGUCCGGGAGAGCAGUGGGAGCUUGUGGGGCCUCUGAUGGGGCAGCAGCUGUGGUAACGGACAAGGGAGAGCUCCUUACAUGGACGAGCCGAGGUAUGUGGUCCGGAGCAUCCAACUUCACUGGACCGAUAUCUAGUGACAAUCUGGACGUGAAGGACUGUGCGUAUCGAGAUGAAGAUCUGCUGGUCUUGGGUAAUGAUGGCAGCACAGGAGAGGCGCAAGUUUGGGUCGCUAGUCGCGGUUAACGUUAGAGCCUCUAUGAGGCCUUUGAACGAUUGCUCUAAGUGAAGAUCAGUGACUCUUAUGAGUAGUGUCCUAU